AUCCUCUACAAUUUCUUCUCAUCGAAUAUCUUUCUAAACGCCCUUUUUUUUCGCCGCUGUCCGCUCCUAUGGCCAUCCAGCCUUCUCGCUUAAGCUCUCUGCUUCGGAUUGCUCCUCACGUCCGGAUCUCCGUUGCAUAUUUUCAAUUUUUUGCAUUUCCAACAUAAAUUAGCCGUCUCCCAGUGACCCCCAACACAACACCGCCCCACAGGUCCCCCUUCUCAAGCCGCUCUCCAUCACCGGAUUUACUCUCCACAUCCACAGCCACAACCACGUCCAAGUCUUCCUCCCUUCCUUCUCCGCCUGCUCCUCCCCCUUCCGGAUCCCGGCCAGAAAUAGACAUCGGUUAGGACAAGAAGAGCAAGAUUCCUGGCGUCAGAAAAGAACGUGGACACAGGGGGCAACAACAAAAAAAAAAGUGAAGCGUUAAUAAAACGGCACAAAAGGAAACAACAAAUAAACAACGGCAAAAGGCAAGGCAAGACUGGGUGGAGCGGGGCGGUGGGGGCGGUGUGGGGAAGGAGGAGUGUGGAGGCGAGCUUGGAGUCUGCAAAAAUAAUGGCAAAGGUGUAACCAAAGUCCAGGCCCAAGAUGAUCAUCAUCAUGUUGAUAAUAAUGCAAAAGAACACGAGAAGAAGCGAAUGAGAGAAGUGAAGGAAGCAGCAAACACAAAGCGGCCGGAGGAUGGGCGCCAGAAGGGAGUGGUUCGGACGCAGAUUGGCGUUCUGUGUUCCUGUGUUCGGCCAAAGGGCCCCUGGACUAUUGGAAUUUUCGUAGCUCCUUCGAAUGCGAUCAAAUCAAAUGACUUAGGACACAAACCUGAUGUUAGCAUGCAGAAUAUAUAUUCGACUAUCAGAAAUCUAAUGGGGAAGGCAAUAAAAAGUCAUGAGCAGAGAGAGAGAGAGCAGAGAGCAAAGAGCCAAAGCCACCAACAACAAGAAGUGCCCAAGAAGUAGUAGAAGAAGAGUAAAAAUCAACGUCUAAGUACAACAAGUACAGCACUACACACACACACACACACAGCGUGCGAGAAAGAGAGAUGAAGGUAGAAAUAAUACUUGUACAAGUAAAACCAUCUCAACCGGCAAAUGGCCAAAGCAAAGAACAAACACAGCGAUCAUCAUCAUCAUCGUCAGCAACAGCAACAACAUCAUCGUGAUGAUGAUUGCCUCUACCUUGACUCUGAACCAACAAGUUAGGCAACACGCACACACAUGGCUUACAUGCACACAGAUACUCCGUAGGAACACACAGGGAAUGAAGAAAGAAAAAAAAACUGCAUGAGAAACGUUAUGUGAGCGAAAUGAAGCAACGCACACAAAACACUCUCACUCUCCUCUCACACACAGGUGCUGCUGCUCUGUGCGCUCACGAUGCGGCGGCGGCUCUCACCUACAGAACCGCAAGGCCGUAAGCCGAACGAAGAACGGGAGAAACAAUCCAGAGCCGAAGCCGAAGUCGUAGUCGAAGCGAAGUCUCUUCUGACUCAUUUGUACGAAAGCGAAGUUAUGAUCUCUCUCUCUCUCUCUCUGACUUGCUCUCUGGUCGCGCGACUUACGGUGUUUUGCGUUUGGGCUCGACAAAAACGAAUUCGCCCCGUUUCAGCGUGUGUGUGCACCGUUCGGUUCGGUUUGGUUCGGGGCAAGCCAAGCCAAGCCAAGAGCGACCAAUCUAACUGAGUUUGUUGUGUCGCACGGCGAGAUCCAUGGAUCCGUGUGUGUGCUGUGCUGUGCUGCUGACGGCGGACGACUUUGGCCUAACUGCUCAACGUCUGGGACCGCUCGAAUACAGUAAGUGGCGAGCCGGCGUUGUGAAUGCACGUGUUUUCGCUUCAACUCACCUGAGCGCUCUCACCUGAGCUCCCCCCACCCACCUCCUCACACAACUGACACAAAACAAAAACACAGCCCACAAAAAAAUAUUACACACAGAACGUAUGACAAGUUCAACUAGAAACAACAACAAUAACAACAAAAACCGCGUGAACCGCAACACACACAAAAAAAUACUGUGAAAAUACUUUUCGUGCAUUGUGAGAAAAAAAAAACAACAAACAAAAAACCAAAAACCAAAAAAAAAAACAAAACUUAAAAUUAAAAAAAUAAAAAAAAAACCUAAAACUAAAACUUACGAAAUUUUUUUCAAGUUAAUUUUUUGCAAGUGCUUCUGACGAAAAAAACAAGAAAAACAAACAAACAAAAACACCAAAAAAAAAAAAAAAACACCUUCACCA